CGAAGCUCGGGUUUUGUUAGGGUUUUUGGACGAGAGAGGUGUGAACCUUCAUGGCGCUCGAAGCUUCAGCAAUGGAGGAACGAGAGAAUCAAAGGCGAGAAGGAGAAGAAGGAUCUGAUGAAGAGGAAGAGGAGUUUGGAAAUAGCGAUGAGGAUUGGUCCUCGGAUUCGGAUGUAGGUGACGCCCUUGAUUGGCUGGAUUCUGCUGAUGGCGGCGCUGCUGCAGCAGGAGGGGCAUCCUUCUCUGUUGCUCCGGCGAGGCGCCCCAAUGCCCAUGGAGGUCUCCUUUCCCGCCCAUUGCAGCCCCUAUCUAAUCGUAACCAGAAGUUCUCCCAUCACAUCCGAGCCAGCCCCCUUGAGGAAUGGGAAGGGAGGAUGAACGUGGGAAUGUCAAACUCAGUGACAACUGCAAUUAGGGAUAGUGUUAGAGAGAUGGCAAUUGGAAGGAUUAGGUCCACUGAGAAAGCAGACCGAGCCACUGUUGAGCAGGCCAUAGACCCAAGAACUCGUAUGGUUUUGUUCAAAAUGCUCAAUAGAGGAAUAUUUAAUGAUAUCAAUGGUUGCAUUUCAACUGGGAAAGAAGCAAAUGUUUAUCAUGCGACUAAAGCUGAUGGCCAAGAAUUAGCUAUCAAAGUGUAUAAAACAUCUGUUCUUGUUUUUAAGGACCGAGAUCGAUAUGUCCAAGGUGAUUACCGCUUCAGAUAUGGGUAUUGUAAGCAUAAUCCAAGGAAGAUGGUGAAAACCUGGGCAGAGAAGGAAAUGAGAAAUCUUUUAAGAGUGAAGGCAGCUGGAAUAAGAUGCCCGUCACCAAUUCUUUUGAGGCUUCACGUUUUGGUUAUGGAAUUCAUAGGGAAAUCGGGUUGGGCUGCUCCUCGCUUGAAGGAUGCAUCUCUGUCGGAAGAUAAGUUGCGUGAAAGUUAUGUAGAGAUUAUUACAAUAAUGCGAACACUCUAUCAGAAGUGUAAAUUGGUACAUGGAGAUCUGAGUGAAUACAACAUACUUUAUUUUGAGGGUCACUUAUACAUUAUUGACGUAUCACAGUCUGUCGACCUUGAUCACCCUUCUGCAUUAGACUUCCUUCGUGAAGAUUGUGUUCAUGUUUCAGACUUCUUCAAGAAGGGCGGUGUCGCUGUUAUGUCUGUAAAAGAGCUGCUUGAUUUUGUGCUUGAUCCAUCCAUUUCUGAUGACGCUGUGGAUGAAUAUUUGGAGAAGAUCCAACAAAAUAUUCUCAAAAGAUGCGGUACAGAUGUCCAAGAUGAUGAGAUUGCACCAACUGUAUAUGUACAGACAUUGAACCAUGUGAAGAAAUGCGAGGAGGAUUUGGUUCAGAUGGCAAUGCUUUCGAGACCAGCAUUCGUCUAUGAACCGAAACCUGAAGAACUUUAUGACCAGCCACUUCUAGGAUUUAUUGACACAAAAGCCGAAGGUAUCAGUAAGCAACAUCAGGAUAUAACUGUAGCAAACGAGACUAGCGAAAUUCUGGAUCGUAGUUUGUCGAAUGAACAACCUUUGGAGGAAACAGUGGAAACAUCCACAGAUGGGGAUGAAUCAAGUAGUGAUUCAGAAGAAGAAAAAUUAGCAGUAGAUGAUGGAACCAGAAUGGACCCGGCUGAUAAGAAAGCUGCUCGGAAGGAGAACAAGAAGAAGGUUAAAGAAGAGAAGAGAGAAUCUAGGAAAAGCAAAGUACCUAAGGCAGAGAAAAAGAGGAGGAAGAAGUUAGCAAAAGCCAAGUGUAGCAGGUGAUACUUUUUUGUUUUUUUUUUUCUUGUGCCAGUUUAUAAAUAGGUUGUGUUUCAUAGAGGAAUAUGAGAUAGCCAUUUUAAUUUUCUAUUUUUUGCUGAGUGAUUUUCAAAAUGUUUAAGCGGGUAAUCAUAAUUCAUAAGCAAUGUACACGUCCGUCUGUUUUUGCUUC